AUUUGGUACAGGAAACAAAUAGCAAUAAAUGUGCACAGUAAUUGUCGUUCGAAACAGAUAGUGCGAAAACUCUCAGCAUGGAGUGCAACCUGGGCAGCGAAAUAGGCCUGAAGAUGCGCAGUGCCGUCAAGGCGAAGCUGCUGGAACUGGGCACGGGCGGCUCAUCCGGCUUUAUAGACGACGAACUGCCGGACUAUGUGAUGGUGAUGGUAGCCAACAAACGCACCAAACAGCAAAUGGCCGCCGAACUAAAUCUCUUUCUGGGCGACCAGACGGAUCUGUUUGUCACCUGGCUGCACGAAGUUCUCCAGAAGCUGCAGGAAGUCACAUUGCCCACAGCAAGUGCUUCCAGCAAAAAGCGCAGGUCUCGUCAGCUCGAGGCUUGUCCCAAAUCAAAGGAAAAGGACAAGAAACACUCGAAGAAGGACAAACGGUUGCAAAGGAGGUCGGGCGAUGAAAUGCCAGAUGGACAGUCUGGCUCUGCCGAUGCCAUGCCCGUCAUUAGCUCCAUAACCGAUGCCUUUGCGGAGGAGCUGCUGGAGAAAGCAAAAAAAUCCCUGGACAUCGACCUCAAUGCCAAGGAUGAGAUCGUACACAAAAAGAAACGCAAGUCAGUAGAAAGCGAAGAAGAAACAGGUGACACAGAUGUGCCCCCGAUCUCAGAGAUAAGCCCAACAGCCCCCAGCGGAGUCAAUCGGCAGAAGGAUCUGGCAGAGUUGGCUGAGAUUCAAAAGAAAAUCCAUGCGGCCAAGAAGCAUUUGCGCCAGAUAGGCGAAAUAGAGGACGACAGUGAUGUGGAGGAAGACGGCGACGAGGAUCUCUUGAACAUAAACGAACAGGAGGAGGAGCCGGAGAUCCAACAGUCCCCCGUUGAAGACAUACAAGAAGAGGUACCUCCCGCACGCAAAGCCAAAAGUCCUAUUGUUUUCAAGAGGCGAGAGAAAACUCCUCCGGAGCAGCGUGCCGAGACGGAAAAUGAAGCACGCCAGGCGGUGGAGAUGGACGUAGAGAUUGAGAAGGAAAAAGAUAAGCCCAAGGAAGAGCGCUCUGAACGACGUUCGGUUCACGACCGUCUGGGCUCCAAACAGAUCGCACAGCCGCCAAUAGAGCGCCCUCAGCGCGGCCAAAAAGAGCUAUAUGUCCCCGCACAUCGAAGACGCAUGGAGGCCUCGGACGCGCAGCCCCCCAAGGAGCGCAGCCAGCGAGAGAGGUCAAGGGAACGUCGCUCCAGCCGCGACAAUCUCAGAGAAUCGAAUCGUGCCCAUCGCCAGCGACGUUCACCCAGCCCAGAGACACCCAAGGCAAAGCAACGCAUUGGAUCGCGUGUCAUUGUGGCAGUCCACAAGCCGCCAGAGCCCUCGGAUGACGAAGAUAUGGCAGACAAGCCUGUCAACUCGGUCAUCAAGAUCAAGCCCAGGCCCCAGGUCUCCCCGAGAAGACAAGCUUGCAAGAAUCUGCUCAUGAGAGCUGUGGCCGAUGCCCAGAGGUCCACGAUUCUUGCCAAGUCGCCGGCGCCUUUGAUAAAGAAGGAUUGUGAGGAGGUGGAAUUAGUCAGCAGCACAUCGUUAGGCAAACGAAAGGCCCCAGAAAAGGGGGAUCGCGAUCGAUCGCGAGACCGUGCCAAGCGAAGUGCACCCACCCCGGAGCUGUUCAGGCGCAGCACUCGGGAGUUGGUGGUCAAUGUAAUGCAACGGGGGGACACGGCAGGCAAACAACACUCCUCCGCCGGUGCCCGACGCUCCAACGACAGUCAUGCCGAGAUGAAGCUGAAGCUGGUCGAGGAAGAGUAUGGCCCCAGUCUAGUGGCCGAAGACUAUGAACCGUAUGUGCCCCAGUUGUUGAAUCACGUGGAUAAUAUAGACUUGCACAUUCGAUCGCCGGAGACGAGGCCCAGCUCUAGAGGGCCCAAAACUCAAUUUGUGGUGACCCUGAAUGGUGAUAAAACCUCAACGUCAGGCAGCAGGGACCGGGACCCUUAUCGCAAGCGGAGUAUCUCGGCGAAACGCUCAUCCUCGCCUGUAGCCACGACGCCACAACAAGUGACCUCUUCCAGUGCGGAACCGACUGCUGCCACAGCUGCUGCCUCCUCCUCCACUACGGUCGACAGACGCCGCAAAUCCAAUCGAGCAUUAAGCAUCACCCCAUCGCCCACUUCGAGCCCAUCUCAUCAUCAAAUCACACGAAGUCUGAAGCGCAAUGAGGUGAUCAGGAAGCAACAGGAAAUCCAAAAGAUCAUCAUCAAGAAUGAUACGGACGAGGAUGAUGAAUCGCACGGUGCAUUGCCGCCAAAGAAGUCACAGUUGCCACACAAGCGACUCCCGAGCAGCAGUUCAUUGGCUUCCGCCAAUGGUCACAAGGAAAAAAGAGCAAAGGCUGCCACUGAAGAGCGCUCUAACACGCCACCACUGCCGGCCACUGGCCUUCAACCCUUGCCCAGACUGGAGAAGCGAGCUGUCAGCAAAGAAAAAUCUGAAAAUGAAAAUUCAAGUGUGGAACCAUUGACGGCACCGGUGUCCGUAAUCGUUCCAGCGUCACCAAAAAACAAACACACUCCCAUUCGCUUUACUUUGAGGUCCGAGGAAAAGUCACAGGCACAGCCACAGGCACCGCCUGCCCAAAGGAAGCGUCGGUCGGGCAGUCACGAGCGUGAUUCAUCGUUGGAAAGGCGCAAGGUACCACUACGGAAUCUAGAGGAUAGAAAAUAUGACAAUUUGCCGGCAUUAAGUGCCGUCAGCGUGGACUCGGCCGUGAUGAAGGUCAGCAAGCCCAAAGAGCGUUGUAAGUAUCAUCCGAGCUGCACAAAACAAUUCUGCGAGUACUACCAUCCGACAGCGCCGUGCAAGUCUUUUCCCAAUUGCAAGUUUGCCGACAAAUGCAUGUACUCGCAUCCCAAGUGCAUGUACGAUAUGUCGUGCAUGAGCAUUGACUGCAAUUACGCACACAGCGGCCAGCGGGAUCUUAGCCAUGUGCAGCUAACGGCUCCGCCUCUAUCCUCCCAUGUUAUACCGGUUCAGAACUAUAAAUCAAUAUCGGCCCCCAUGACGGCCACCACAGCAACCACGAUGUGCAAAUACUAUCCCAAUUGCACCAAGGUGGGUUGUACCUUCUAUCAUCCAAAGCCAUGCCGAUUUGGCAAGAAUUGCGUCAAUAAGCUGGAGUGCGUCUUCUAUCAUCCGGAGAUGCAGAGCAAGUUCAAAUGGGUCGCCUCGAUGGGCUGAGCGAACAUACACCCCAUAAGUUUUAACAAUAUUUAGCUAAUGUCAUUUUAUCCACUAUUCCCUGCUCUUGGCUCCCGGCUUCCUGCUAUGUCAGAUCCCCGCUAUAUCCAUAACUAUACACUAAAACCUUUUUUCUAUUGUAUUGGAUUUAGGAGCUGGGAGUUCUUAUACACUACACAGAGAUCUGUGUAACAACCAUUUCAUUUCAUUUAUGCAUUUGAUUUGCACACAUUUUAUAUUAGACAUUAGCUGCUAUCUAACUCUAUCACGACAAACAAUCGUUCAAUAGGAUCUGUUUCUUGCAUACAAUCAUAAUCUACACGUCAUGCAAAGGUCUGCGAAUUAAAUUAGCAAUAGUUGCAACAAAUUGGAAAA